GGUAGCGCGGCGGAGCGCAGCACAGCGGCCGCCUCUCCCCGCGCACGGCGGUGGCGGAGCUGCGCGGGACCGGAGCGCCUCCCGCGCCCGCAGCGAACUUCUCGUAACCUUGCCGCCGGUGCGCCCCGGUGCCCGCUCUCUGGGAACUUGGGCUGGUCGCUGAAAUAUUGGAUUAUGUUCCUGCCGAGCCGGGCUGCGGGGAGCUGAGCAGGGGAGGAAGAAUGCGGGUCUAUUGGAUGGUCUUCUGCCUUAUUUGCUGCACCGCGAAGGGGCAAGUGGUGUACUCCAUCGCCGAGGGAACGGAGCGUGGAGCAUUGAUCGGAAACGUAGCGAGGGAUUUAGGAAUAAAAGCGGCUGCACUUUCAGCCCGGAAAUUUCGCAUGAUCACCGGUUCAAGUAAGCAAUAUUUUAAUAUAAAUGCAACCACGGGGGUUUUAUCUGUUAACGAGCCAAUAGACAGAGAACAGCUUUGUGAACUAAAAUCUUCGUGUCUUCUGAAUUAUGAACUUGUGCUAGAAAACCCUCUAGAGCUUUAUAGGAUGGAAUUUAAAGUCCUGGAUGUAAAUGACAACUCCCCCAGCUUUCCUUUAAGUGAAUAUCAUGUAAGUGUGCCUGAGUUCCUGUCACCUGGGGCACGGUUUGCGCUCCCUAAUGCCCAAGAUCUCGAUGAAGGUACUAACGGCGUCCAGAAUUAUACUCUGAACUCUGAUGAACAUUUCCAUUUGGAAAUGCAGACACGCGGGGACGGGAGUGUGUAUCCUGAAUUGGUGCUGAAGAAAGCCUUAGACAGGGAGCAGCAAGCCACUCACAGACUUGUUCUUACAGCCAAAGAUGGUGGGGAUCCUCCAAGGUCUGGUGAUGUCCCUGUCAUUGUGACUGUUCUGGAUACCAAUGACAACGCACCAGAAUUUGAGCAAUCAGUCUACAGGGCAAGUGUCCUGGAAAACUCCCCCAGUGGCACGUUGGUAGUACAAGUGCAUGCCAUGGACUUGGAUGAAGGUCCCAAUGGAGAGGUCACGUAUUCAUUUAGCAAUGCUACGGCUGCAGACCUACAGCAAAUGUUCUUAAUUCACCCACACACUGGGGAGGUGACGGUCAGUGGCGAUUUAGCAGUUCAGAGACCUCUCCUUGAGAUGCUUAUUGAAGCAAGGGAUAAAGGGGCAUUUGCCUUGUCAAGUACAGCUAAGCUGCUGGUGGAGAUCACUGAUGUGAACAAUCAUGGCCCAGAGAUAACAAUUGCAUCGCUUUCCAAUCCCAUCCCUGAGGAUGCUGUUCCUGGCACAGUGAUAGCUCUGCUGAGUAUUAUGGAUAAGGACCCUGGGGAGAACGGGAAAGUAACCUGCCAGAUCUCUGAUAACCUUCCCUUCCAGUUAAAACCUUCCUUGGAAAACUACUACAGCCUGGUCACCAGCGGGCUCCUGGACCGGGAGCUGAUCAGUGGGUACAACAUCACCAUCACUGCCACAGACUUGGGAUCUCCUCCCAUCACCACUCAGCAGACCCUCUGGGUACAGAUUUCUGAUGUGAACGACAACCCCCCUGUCUUUGCUUCUGACACAUUUGAUGUGUUUGUGGAGGAGAACAAUCCACUUGGUGCUUUUCUCUACCAGGUCUCAGCCUCUGACCUUGAUAUAGGGGAGAACGGGCAGAUCUCUUACAUACUCAGGAAUUCAACGGUUGCAGGCAGUGCCCUGGCCAGCUUUUUGUCUGUGAGCUUGGUCAAUGGGAGCAUCUAUGCAAAACGUGCCUUUGACUUUGAGCAGCUUAGAAGCUUCCAUUUCCAAGUGGAAGCCAAGGACAAUGGGUCACCAGCCUUGAGUGCUGCCAUGACUGUGAAUGUUUAUAUCUCAGACCAGAAUGACAACGCCCCAGCCAUCCUGUACCCCGUCAGCCAGAAUGGCUCAGUGGCAGUGGAAGUUGUGCCCCGCCUGGCUGAUGAGGACUACCUAGUGACCAAAGUGGUGGCAGAUGAUGAGGACAAUGCAGAGAAUGCCUGGCUCUCCUAUCACCUCGCCCACUCCUCCGACUCCACGCUGUUCCGUUUGGCACCGCACUCGGGUGAGCUACGCACCACCCGCUCCUUGCACUCCACUGACCUCCUUAAGCACAAGGUGGUAGUGGUGGUGCGGGACCAUGGGGAGCCUCCGCUCUCCUCCACGGUGACUGUGGGCAUCCUGCUGGCUGACACUCUUCCCCAGGCUCUGCCUGACUUUGAUGAUAAUGGGGAGCCGCCGCCGCUGCUCAAUGCUACAAACAUCUACUUGAUUGUUUCUCUUGCUUGCGUCUCCUUCAUCUUUACAGUGUUCCUCCUCUUUCUUGCCAUUGCACGGCUGUGCCACUGCUGGGCUUGUCACCGUCAGGGCUGCUGUUCCAGCAUUUGUUGCUGCUCAGCUGAUGAGUAUGAAAAAUAUCAAUACAGUGUGCACAUGCUUCCCAGCUCCCACUUCCCACCGGACAUGUUGGAGAUCACUGGUAUGGGUAAACUGACUCAUACUUACUUGUACAGGGCAUCUGUAGGCCUUGGGCAUGAGAACAGCGGCAUCCCAAAUGGGAAUGCUGGGAAUGUUCCCAGCGGCUCAAGGUUACAAGUGCCAGGACCCUGCAUCCAAGUGCAGCAAGUCCAAAGUGAUCGUUUGAGUGCUGUCCUCAUGCCAAAACAUCCCAAUCCUGACUGGCGCUACUCCGCGUCCCUAAGGGCAGGAAUGCAAAGUGCUGUGCAUUUGGAAGAGGCAGGAAUAUUACGUGGAGGACCAGGAGGGCCUGACCAGCAGUGGCCAACAGUUUCCAGUGCUACUCCAGAACCUGAGGCGGGAGAGGUGUCCCCCCCAGUGGGAGCUGGUGUGAACAGCAACAGCUGGACCUUUAAAUUUGGACCCGGCAAUUCGAAACAAGGUGGUCCUGGUGAGUUGCCAGACAAAUUCAUUAUCCCAGGAUCUCCUGCAAUCAUCUCCAUCCGGCAGGAGCCACCAAACAGCCAAAUUGACAAAAGUGACUUCAUAACCUUUGGCAAGAAGGAAGAGACCAAGAAAAAGAAGAAAAAGAAGAAGGGAAACAAGACUCAGGAGAAAAAAGAAAAGGGCAACAGCACCACUGAGAACAGUGACCAGUGAGGGGUUUAUACUGAAAGAACCCCCUUAGCCAGUUUUUGUAAUAAUGGCAGAUUUCUCCUAUGUAGCAACUCCCAAUUUCUUCCUCCUGUUAACAAAUUUCCUGUAUGUACAGACUUCAGAAAAUCAGCAGGAAAUUCAUGGUGUCUGUCUAAAUUGCUUAACAGGUUUUGUCUUGAAAAGCUUUAUUAAGUCUGGUGUUAACUCUUUUUCUCCACUCUGGCUUGUUUUCAGAAUCUAAAAAGCAGACACAAGUUUCCUUUCUCCUACGCCGAAAAGGAGAAUCUUCACAGUACAGCCAGUGAGAGGUUGGACUCUCUGCACUGUGGUUCCUGUGCUCCUGUCUUGAUGACACUUACAGGACAGGUUUAAAAGUUUUAAUAUUGUGCACCCUCUAUCUGAUUGGAAAUCUUUGUGUGCAGAUGUCAGCUAGGUGAUAAGAGAUCAGGCUAUAAGAUGCAAGAAGAGCUGGUAAAUACGCAACAGAGGAAACACCUAACGAACGUACAUGUUCGGAGAUGUUCAGGCUGAGGAGGAAAUGUCUGAAAGGUGACCAGACUUUUCAGACCUUGAGAAGUCGCUGUGUGGGAAUACUGAGUCUUAUACAUGACGUAUUGUACACACUCCUUCAAAUAAAACCUCACAUUUACAGCUCUUUAAGAUACCACAAAUGUUACCUUUUUACCAAGCAAGCCAUUGGGAACUUGUCCCUGGGAGCCCUGCAUUACCCUGGCAAGGCCCUUGUGCUGUAGGGAGGCCUGGGCUGACAUCCUGGGAAUGUGACUGACUGUGAUGCUCUGUGUCCCUGUUGCCACUCUUUGAUUAUUUUGCACAUUUUGUCUCUGAAAAGGUCAGAGUUUUUCCACGACACUUAUGCAAAAGAGAGAAAAAAGAAAUGUUAACUAUGCUAUUUGUUAUUUGAGAUAUUUAUUUAUAAAGAAAUAUAGCUGUAAAUGUUAUAGAAAUAUGAUGCCCUUUAACCCAAACAGAAGUCAAUCUAGAGCCAUUAUAAAUUAAAAUUGCUGCUACUAAAGUGCUUUAGAAAAAUUUGCCUGAAACAUCUGUAUUAUAUCGGCCACUUGCCAAUAACAGCUUUAUUCUGUCGGGUCACUUGGGGGCUGCCUCUUGCAUGUAUUAAUGAAUACGAGAAUUUAAUUUUUUUGCAUUAAUCUGCACUUUGAAUACACCUUUGCAAACAAACUGUCCUAAUACGAAGAAGCAGAAGCGAACUCCUCACGCAAAUGGAUUUACUAACCUGCUAGUUCUGUGCAGUACCUUGGUGUUACCUCCUACACACCCUUUUCUGACUUUAAUUUUACUUUUUCUAUGAGAUUAUGAAUUUCUGGCCCUACUAACACUCAUUAUGUAAAAUUCAAGUACUGUAUGUAUGCUGUAUGCUCUUAUAAGAAUCCUGAAAUAUUUAUUCUGUGCUUGUGUAUGUGAAUGUCGAUGCAAUUAUUAUUAGAGUGGACUUUAAGCUUUACCGUUGAAUGUAAAUUCAUUAUUUCUUUUUUUGUACACUUGUGGCAAAGUGGAGUAGUGUUAAUUUUUUAAGCCACUGUUGAUUAUCAGUUUGGUUUUUUUUGUGUGUGUAUGAAACACAAGUAAAAUAUCUUUCUUAAAUCAAGCCAUGCAUGCAUUUUGAGAUUUAUUGAAGCUAAAGUUCUGUGAAUUACUAAACCUAUAAUUGGAGUACUAAAUGUGAUUGAGGACGUUGGUAUAAAACCAAUACUUGUAUUUUUAAAAAGACUACAGCUGAUGAGGGAAUUCCGAGGAGUUUUCUACAUUACUGUACCUUCACAGAAUAAAGCUCAAGUGUUGUAUUAAUUGGAACUGUGUAAGAAAUACAUAGAUCUCAAAUUUCUGGCAGUCCCUCAAAUCUAGGAUCAAAGAGAACAACUGGAUUUCUUCAGAUGUGUCCUGGAUGUUUGACAUUUCCAAACUGCUGACCGUUCAGAACAGGUCAGUUUCUAUUCAUUUGAGAAACCUGCUGCAAGUCUUAAAAUAUCACAAAAGAUAAAGCUCUAAUAAAAGAAUGAAUAUCUCAAAAUGCAAACCACUGAGAGCCUCAUGUGGUCUAUUCAGUUUUCCUUUAGUACCAUCUUGUUUUACCGGCAAUAAAAGCAAUGCUACUUGUGAAA